AUGAAAAUAUCUAUCUAUCUAUCUAUCUAUCUAUCUAUUCUAUCUAUCUUAUCUAUCUAUCUAUCUAUCUGUUCAUCUCAUCUAUUCUAUCUAUCUAUCUAUCUAUCUAUCUAUCUAUCUAUCUAUCUAUCUAUCUAUCCUGGUCUGUUCAUAUCUAUCUAUCUAUCUAUUUCGAUUCAUUUCUUUCUAUUAUGGCUCUCAUGUUUCUUCUUCACUAACACUUCCCUCCCCACCUCUCUUUCUCCUUCUCUCUCUCUCUCUCUCUCUCUUUUAUUCAUUUUUUGUAAACUGUCUUUCUUUUCUCUGUCUCGUAUAUUCUACGAGGCCCCUGUUCGCGGAGUCGACGUAACCCUUAAUGUGACCCGUCCACCCCUUCUUCUUUUAACAUACAAUCUGUCGACAUUGUCUAUAAAAUCAUUCUUUUCAUCUUUCUUUCUCUCAUUCAUUCAUUCUCUAUCUCUCUUUCUUUCCCUCUAUCUCUCUUUCUUUCUUUCUUUCUUUCUUCAUUUCUUUCUUUCUUUCUUUCGUUCUUUCUUCAUUUCUUUCUUUCUUUCUUCAUUUCUUUCUUUCUUCAUUUCUUUCUUCAUUUCUUUCUUUCUUUCUUUCUUCAUUUCUUUCUUCAUUUCUUUCUUUCUUUCUUUCUUUCUUCAUUUCUUUCUUCAUUUCUUUCUUUCUUUCUUUCGUUCUUUCUUCAUUUCUUUCUUUCUUUCUUCAUUUCUUUCUUUCUUUCUUCAUUUCUUUCUUUCUUUCUUUUUUUUUUUCUUUCUUUCUUUUUUUUCUUCAUUUCUUUCUUCAUUUCUUUUUCUUUCUUUUUUUUCUUUUUUUCGUUCUUUCUUCAUUUCUUUCUUUCUUUCUUCAUUUCUUUCUUUCUUCAUUUCUUUCUUCAUUUCUUUCUUUCUUUCUUUCUUCAUUUCUUUCUUUCUUUCUUUCGUUCUUUCUUCAUUUCUUUCUUUCUUUCUUUCGUUCUUUCUUCAUUUCUUUCUUUCUUUCUUUCUUUCUUUCUUUCUUUCUUUCUUUCUUUCUUCAUUUCUUUCUUUCUUUCUUCAUUUCUUUCUUUCUUCAUUUCUUUCUUUCUUUCUUUCUUUCUUUCUUUCUGCGAAUGCAGCUUUUUGUGGUAUUUCGUUUAUUCUUCCUUUCUUUCUCUUGUUUUGUCUUACAAUUUCUUUUUGUCUUUUUUCUUUGAUUCUUUCUUUUUCGGUCUUCCAAUUCUUUUUUCCUACAUUCUUUCUUUCUUCUUUUUCUUUUCUUUCUUUCUUUCUUUCUUUCUUUCUUUCUUUCUUUCUUUCUUUCUGCGAAUGCAGCUUUUUGUGGUAUUUCGUUUAUUCUUCCUUUCUUUCUCUUGUUUUUUUCUUAAAUUUCUUUUUGUCUUUUUUUCUUUGA